AUGCCCCUUUCCACACUGGGCCGCUCCGAGUGGGUGUCCAUCAUGUCACCGAUCCUCCAAGUGAGUUUGCACAAAGCUGGGGUAUGCCGUUCCUUUCCCCGCGUCGUGGUCUUUGCCCCUCUGAAGUACCCUCUCGGAACUCACCACCGCCGACGGGUGUUCCCUGACGGCAGCUUCUCUUGCCUUGCCGGCCAACCCUCCGGAGACUUUGUGACCAGCUACAAUUGGCCCCGAACCCGACGCCCUGGCCCCUCUCACUGGGACCUAUGGCGACGCGUCCUCUCUCAAGCUGUCCUCCGCCCCUACAGCCGCUGUCGCCGAUUGUUGCAGCCCCUCGGACCGUGGUCUGAUUCGCUAGACCGAUGGACCUGGCUCUUCUCUCGCACCGCUUUGAUCCUCUUCCAUCGGACGGACACAAACCUGGCAAUCUACCGGCCCAUCAACUCGCGUUCCCAUAAGACCUUCCGAAGGGAUCUUCACCACACCUGGACGGGCACCCUUCCCGGGGACGUUCAAAGGGCCUCAGUCAACCUUCACCCACGGACAGCCUACGUCACUGUCACGGGCACAGCCCCGGUAGAUCCACCAGAUCAGGAGUCCAUGCCAGCCUCGAUCCUUCACAUCUGGAGGGAAUUGGCAGCCGACAUGGACGACGAUUGGGGAUGGGUCCCGGAAUACAUCUCCAUUGAGGGUGACGAACAAGUCCUACUGGAGGCACUGGAGAAGUCCCUCGCCAAGCCACGAGUCCGUGUGGCGUGUGAUGGGAUUGUCGCGCUUCGCCAGGCCUUCUCGACUUGGCCGCUGUCUCCCACCGCCCCACACUUCGAUCUCUUGUCCUCCAUCCGCGAGGCCCUCCGAGUUUCCAACAUAUCCUGGGCCAAACAACACGUGGGCGGCCACGCUGACCGAACCAAGACAUGGCGACAGAUGUCUUGGUGGGAACGACGGAACUCCAAGGUGGACGACAUUGCCCAGGGCUACGCCGACGAGCUGAUCGCCACCGACGACACGAUCGCCACCAAUCCCAAGUUCUUCUCCGAACCCUGUGCGAUCUACAUCGACAACAAGAAGGUCUCCUACCUGGCCUUGGAAUCGGUCGACGAAGCCGUUGUCCUGCCGGAAUUGAUGGAAUACUGGGCAGCCAAAGGCCGCCUCGCUCCCGAAGACUUCCGAUCGGUGGACUGGCCAAUAGUGCACCGAGCGAUGAAGUCUCUGAAGCCCGCCGAACAGCGCUUCAUCACAAAACACACCGUUGGAAUGUGUGCUGUCGGCAAGUUCCGUAAAUGA